ACACCACGUGACCGAGUGGGCGUAUUUAAGCCGCUGGCGCGAGAUUCUCGGAAGAAAAGGACGACGUGUUUCUCAACCUCGGUCUCUUGUAAAAUUGCUGAAACAUGAGUCUCAGUACAAAGGUAAAACACAGCCAGCAGAAGUCCGAUGAGAAUGAUUUAGUGAGUUUUUUUGCACCGUCUCAAAAAACAAUGGGACCCUCGAGGCAAACCCUGAAGGUCCUCCAGCCCUCGGUCGUCAACAGAGACUUGGGGAGGUCGGCUCAGGCUGGUAAGGGCAUUCCCAAGCGGAAACAAUGGGCAGCUGAACAAACUAGAGGUCCAAAGAGGGUGAAGGUAGAGGUCAAAUCGACACAGACGGAAACAGCUGAGUGUUUAACAGACGACGCGUCCACGGAAGCUUAUGAACUUAUGGUCAAAGAAAUGCCACCUUCCACGUACUGGAAAGAGGUGGCUGAGGAGCGGCGGAAGGCCUUGUACGAUGUUCUACAGGAGAAUGAGAAGCUGCACAAAGACAUCGAGGCCAGAGAUGAACAGAUAACAAAGCUUCAGAGUGAAAAUGAUGAGCUGCAGGAGCUGGCGCAACAUGUGCAGUACAUGGCUGACAUGAUCGAGAGGCUAACUGGAAAGUGUCCAGAAAACCUGGAGGCACUGAGAGAGAUUGCUCUUGAUGUGGAAGAGGAUGAAGAUGAUGACGGUGAAGAGGCUGCUCAGAGUGAGAAAGAAGACUCCGAUUAGUGGAGUGACGUACAACAGACUGUUAACGGCAGGAAUCUAUAAUUGUCUCACAAGGCUUGCAAGUAUUCAGAGCUUUGAAAGUGCAACGUUGUCGUCCACUUGAAGUGUUUUGUGUUAAAUCUGGUUCCUAUGUGGUUUUAUUAAAAUGUACAAUGUCACAUUUUUGCACAUUGAACACGGGUGGGUUUUAUAAUUCAUUUUUAGCCUUUGCUGUACUUCUCAGUGCAACAACUGAAGGCAUUUUUCAUGAAGGACAUUUUAACAUGUAAAAUGGGAAAGAACAAAUGUGAAUAGCAUCAGAAGUUUGAUUUUUGGCUGGUUCAGCACGGCGAUGGGAUCAGGACCUGACCCGAUCCGUGGAGUUGUAAUGGAUAAAGACAAAUUAAAAUACUGACAUACUUUAAGAGAGUUGCUUGAUUUUUCUCCAGCGUGCCGCUCAUACAUGUUCACUUCAGUGUCAGACUCCAAAUUUCAAAUGUAAUUUCCUGUAAGGAGUUAAAAUGUUUGAGGUGUUUGUGCUCUAAGGUGAUGUGUUUACUACCACAUGUGGUGUUAAUGCUUGAGUUUAGACUGUAAAAUUGUACAAUGUUGCAUCAAGUGUACAUAAUUGUGUAAAAUAAACUUUUUAUAUAAAA